GGCCUAUGUCUGGUUGAUGCGGCGCAAAUGGUCCGAAGUCGCUCAUUAUCAGACCAGGUUCUGGUUUUACAAGAUAAGACUCAUAAUUAUUUACAUGCUCUCAACAAUUGCAAUGCCCUCCCUCAUGAAAGAAUCCAACGCAGGCUGUCCUCGUGCAAAGCCACCUCGACUGACAUUGUCACUGUUAUCAGACCAUGUUCUCAUAAUAUCAGGUACGUACCUGCAGCUUCGCAGCCCAAACUCCGGUUCAUCGUGAGUGGGGCCCGUGGUCUGAAGCCGACACCCACCGAAGCAUGGGUCGGGCACGGUCGGCGGUCCCGGAGACGAGUGGAGAAAUCUGCGCCGUCUCUUUCUGCAGGCAAGACUGACAGCCCGGGGUCCACUAAUUCUUCACCUUGAAUUAUCCACUUUCUUCACCUUCCACUCACCGAAUCUUCACCUCGGAGGGGCUUCAAAAAAUUAUUGUUUGCUUCGCUCAUCACCGACGUACGUUUAUACAAUCACCACGCCUACUCACCAGUCUGCAUAUACAUAAUACCCACCACCGCAAUGGCACCCACACAGCAGGCUGCGUGGAGAAAAGCUCCUACUGCAGAGGAAAUUGCCAAUCGUCAGACUGUUGGCAUCAACAAGGAAACCGUCACAAACAUCACCUCGACUGAUUACCCAGGCCAUCACCCUGGAGAAGACCUCGCAUUCACGCUUGAUCGUUUCCGCGAUGCGUUUUCCGUAAAAUUUCACCAGAACGAUCAGUUCCUCGCCUCUUUCUCUCUUGUCGGAAUCGACGCUUCGCUCGCAAACGCUUUUCGACGUAUUCUACUCUCCGAGAUCCCCACCCUCGCUAUCGAGAACGUUUAUAUCGAGAACAACACCUCUGUCAUUCAAGACGAGGUUCUCGCGCAUCGUCUUGGACUCAUCCCAUUCAAGGGUGGCCGUGAGGGUCUGCACAACUUCCUCAAGUGGCACAAGAAGCCAGAGGCUGGCGAGGACCCUUAUGCCGGCUGCUUCGACUGGAACACGGUCCGCCUCGAGCUUAACGUGACAUGCACCGUCAAUGAGGAUGCUUCGCCCGCUGAGAACGACCCUCUCAAAGCUUACCAUAACGCCCACGUUUAUGCGCGCGACAUCGUCUUCGUCCCUACUGGCAAGCAGGUCGAGUACUUCAGCGGCGAGGACGCCAUUGCGCCCACGAACCCAGACAUCUUGAUCGCCAAGCUGCGACCCCGACAGACCAUUAACCUCGCCAUGCAUAUGCACAAGGGAAUUGGAUCCGAUCACGCCAAGUUCUCUCCUGUCGCGACAGCCUCCUACCGUCUCCUACCUACCAUUACCAUUACCAAGCCUAUCUUGGGCGCUGACGCCGAAAAGUUUGCCAAGUGCUUCCCCAAGGGUGUCAUCGGCCUCGAAAAGGUUACGGCCGAGGAAGCUGCUCAGGCUGGUAGCGGUUAUGAGGGCCAGGAGGGCGAGACCAAGGCCGUGGUCGUUGAUGCAAUGAAGGAUACUGUCAGCCGAGAGGCUCUACGACACAAGGAGUUCGAGGGCAAGGUGAAGCUUGGCCGAAGGCGAGAUCAUUUUAUCUUCUCCAUCGAGAGCACAGGGCAGUGGGAUAGCGAUGAGCUUUUCCUCGAGUCAGUUAAGCACCUUAAGCUCAAGUGCAAGAAGCUUGAGCAGCAAGUUAUCAACAUGGCGAGGUAGCCAACUACAUCGCAAGGAUAUUUCGGGUCUUGUUUGGCGCAGUAUCAUAAUUUUUGGGUUGAUUUGUUUUCUGCGGUCUCUACGGUUAGAUAAAAAGGAAUGAUACCAUGACCACAUCAUAAUACUCGUCACCCGUUUCUUCUCUGCCCUCUAAAAAGGAUACUCUUCUAGUAUUUUUGAGUCGUCAUCAUAUACCUCUCAUUUAUUAAUCCAACGCCUAAAGAUGCCCAAAAGCCCGAACGCCCCUUACUGACCACUUGACUGAGAAUCAAGAACUUGUCUUGAACUUGAAGUAAAAGUUGAAUUCAAGGGGGAACGCAGGAUCAGUGACAACAACCUGUUGUCCGUCUUCGAGCCCAAGCUCUGUGAGGGUCUUACUCAGGUUCGGGCGCGUCUGCUCCUCCAAGCCUGGAGGAGAUUGCAUGUAUAGAGUCUUUCCUUCGGCACGGAUCGAUGGCUUCUUUAAUUGCGCUUCAGGGCGAAUCGCGAAUGAGUCGAUUAACUCCUGCAGAGUGGAUCUGGGAUUGACUUCAAGAGGGCGAGCCUGGCGUCCACAGACAGGGCAGUCGUCCUUCUUCUCAUGCUUGAAGGUGUAUGUAUAGAUGCUAUCAUUGCCAGAGUACAUCAUAUAGUUUGUGUCGAAUCCAAGACAAGGGGCAGAGGUUGUCGCGAUUUUAAAAGCCUCGUUGCAGCAUGCAGCGGCGAUGAUAGCAUUGGUAGAUGCAAUCGCCGGAAUAAUGUUCUUGAUGGUUCCUUGCGUUAACGAAUAAGUGACACCAGGGAUGCCGAACUCUUCCGCACGAGUAAGUGCUUUUUGGAAUAGCCAGGUUACAUGCUCUGGGUCAUCCUUAUCGAGCUUCGGGAAUGGCUUUUCUUGCUCCCAAGCAAUAACGUGGGCCCAUUCGAUGCAGUGCUCGGGUUGUCGUGGGAUUGAGGCGAUAGUACACAGAGGAACAGCGGCGCGCGGGGCGUGCAUAUCCAGCUGGCACUCAAUGCAGGAUGUCAUAGAUGGGAGGAUGACUCGCGCCUGUCCCUUGAAACCUUCAGUGCCACCAUCAAUGAGGGGCUUUAUCGCAUCGGGGUCUUCAGCUUCUUCGGCAAUAGAAACAAGCAUGGCGUUGAUCCAACGGCGGGCCUCGAUGCUGUCUAGCCCGCAAAUUACAAGCUGGAACUGCUUGUAAAACUCCUCGUCGAAGUCCUGGAUACGGUUGUUGUGAGCUGUGAUGGAGACGCCCUUAACUCUCUUCUGGACGAAAGUAGCGGCAACCUCUGCUUUGUAUUUGCCAACAUCAUCUUUUCGGAAUAAGA